AUGGUGAAACUGUUGAAAGAGGCUUUUGCAGUAGUUCGUCCUCUUCGGGAUUCCAAUAUAAAUACUUUUUCUGGCACUUUUGGUUCAUUGUUUCCACUGAAUAAAAUCAGUCGAGCCUCUUUAACCUUUGAGCUCCUCAAUUACAUUGUUUUCCACUAUUUCAGUGAAUCAGGAUUCACACAUCAAACAUUUACUUUUGGAUACGAGGCUAGGAUCAAUAGGAGCACAAUAGAUGGACAUCUGGUUCCUAUUAAUGCGCUUGUUAAAAUUGUGCAAAAGGGUAUACAGUACCUUGAGCUGGAAACUAAUUUGAGCAAUGAUGAUACCGAUAUGGAUGAAGACUUCAAGCUUCUAGAGCCUAUGGAUCUCAUUACAAAGAGUGUAGAUGAGCUGCGGAGAAUAAUAAAAGAGAAAAAGGAGAAGGCUCAGAAAAAGAAACUUAGGGGGAAAGGUAAGGCGAAUGCUGACCACAAACGAGAACCUACAAGAAGAACGGAGAUGGAGAAACAACACAAGGAAAAAGAGCGUGAACAUGACAGAGAAAGGAGCGAUGUAAUGGUCUUGGAAGGACACACAUCUGAGGUUUUUGCCUGCGCUUGGAGUCCAGAAGGGUCACUACUUGCAUCUGGGUCUGGAGACGCGACUGCUAGAAUAUGGACUAUCGGAGAUGGUCCAUUUAAUUCUACUAUCCCAAAUGUUUUGGUUUUGAACCAUUUGGACAGUCAAGCAACUGAGGAAAACAAGGAUGUUACAUCACUUGACUGGAAUAGAGAGGGUACCCUGCUUGCGACAGGUUCUUACGAUGGCCAAGCAAGAAUCUGGAAACGAUCUGGGGAAUUGGUUAGUACUCUUAACAAACAUAAAGGGCCAAUCAUGUCUUUGAAGUGGAACAAGAAAGGUAAUUAUCUCCUUAGCGGUAGUAUUGAUACAACUGCCGUUAUUUGGAAUGUGAAGUAUGGAGAAUCAAAGCAGCAAUUUGGAUUUCAUUCAGGUCAAUUGCUUGAUGUUGCUUGGCAAAACAAUGAUGCUUUCUCGACCAGCUCAGCUGAAAGCAUGAUAUAUGUUUGUAAAGUUGGAGAGAACAAACCAGUCAAAAAGUUCCCAGGACAUCAGAAUGAAAUCAAUUCUAUCAAUUGGGACCCCUCAGGUUCUUUGCUGGCUUCAUGCUCUGAUGAUACCACAGUUAAGAUAUGGAGCAUGAAACAGGAUGUCUGCUUGCAUGAUUUCCGAGAACAUAGCAAAGCCUCUUUAACCUCUGAGCUCCUCGAUUACAUUGUUUUCCACUAUUUCAGUGAAACAGGAUUCACAUAUUCAGCAUUUACUUUUGGAUACGAGCCAGGGAUCAAUAGGAGCACAAUGGAUGGACUUCUAGUUCCUGUUGGUGCUCUUAUUCAAUUUGUGCAAAAGGAUAUUUAG